GCUGGGUACUGCUCGCGAAAUAUAUUUCCCGCAUGUCCACGAAGGGCGCACUCUUCAGUCAUAUAUCUAUGAAAUCAGCGAGAAACUUGGACAGACCAUCGCCCGCACAAAGUCUCCAGGAACAAGCCCACUUCGAUUAGCAUUCUUAUUGAUUGGUCCGAAAAUGUUUGAAGGCUUCCAACCAUUUACUGUCACCACGCAGGAUUCGCCGGAAGUGACAAUUUACGGCAUCAAGAGCGGGGAUUCGUCAUCCACACUCCCGCCCCUCCUUCUACUCCACGGCUUCCCUCAAAGCCACCACAUGUGGCAUCGAGUUGCCGAGCAACUCAUCGAACAGUACACUGUUGUCUUGAUCGACAUCCGGGGCUAUGGCAAGUCGUCAAAACCAAGCGAUGUGGCCUCUUAUGCCAAGAGCGCGAUGGCCCGCGAUUGCGUGAGUGUCAUGGACCACCUCGGCUACGCCAACAAACCGUUCUUCGUCUGCGCGCACGACCGCGGCGCCCGCGUUGCACAUAAACUCUGCGUCGACUUUCCCGGCCGCGUGCGCAAGGCCAUCUUUCUCGACAUCUGCCCGACCCUCGUCAUGUACAAGACGACCAACUUCGAAUUUGCCAAGGCGUACUUCCACUGGUUUUUCCUGAUUCAGCAGGAGCCGCUUCCCGAGAACCUCAUCAACGCAUCGCCGAGGCAGUUCUUGGAGCUUUUUAUGGGCGGCCGCCAACCCAAGGCAUUGGAGAUUUUCGACAAGGAAAACUUUGACUACUAUGCCAGUGUGAUGGAGCAACCGGCUGCUGUACACAGCAUGUGCAACGACUACCGUGCAAGUGCGACGUUAGACCUCGAAGAGGCGGAGGCGGACCUUGAGGCUGGGAGGCUGAUCCAGUCUCCCUUGAUGGUGCUCUGGGGCAAAUAUGGCGUGAUCGAGAAGUGUUUUGAAGCCGUUAAAGAGUGGCAAAACGUUACGAGUAAGGACAUUUCGGUGAAAGGCAGCAGUGUUGAUUCUGGACAUUACAUCCCGGAACAAGCACCAGAAGAUGUUGUCAAAGCCAUUACUGGAUUUUUUGUUUAGUCAAAUCAUCAACCUGGGUUGGUACUGAAAAUUCUCAGUGUUCUUGGACGUAUGUUAGAAAGUCAUUAGGGCUAAUCAACUCAAUAACUAUUCAUCGACGCUUUGCAGUCUGACAGCUGGAAUCGUUGAGCAAAUACCACCAUGCAUGACCACAAUUAACUUGCAAAGAAUCUAAAUCCUCGCUACUGAG